AAUUUUCCGGUGCAAGCCAAGAUUUCGAAUCUUGCCCCAGUUCAGUUCAGCCGGGAUCAGGAACAGAGCGGGCUUCUUUAGAAUGGAAGAGCCGCAAGACGUGGCGAUCGUCGAGCGUGAAGAAGAAGAAGAAGAACAAAAGGAGAAAGAGGAGCCGAAGAGGGAACUGGCGUUUCCAUAUUGGGCCGCUUGCCGAAGGCGAUAUGUUCCUGAUCACCCAUUCUUCUCCUCUGGAGAUGCAGAAAGAGAGCUGCUUGCGAAGCAGAUUGCUCUGGAUCUCGCCGAAGGUGAUGGACGCGCUUUAGAAGGGACUGAUGAACGGGGUAUGUUCUGUCCAAUCGUUGGCUGUGGUGCAAGAUUGAAUUCUUUGGAAGACUUUGAAGACCAUUACCUUGCCAGGCACACUGCGUCAUGCUCAGUGUGUGGAAGAGUUUAUCCAACAUCAAGAUUGCUGAGUAUACAUGUUUCUGAAACACAUGAUUCCUUUUUCCAGGCUAAAGUAGCUCGUGGUUUUCCCAUGUAUGAAUGUCUGGUUGAAGGCUGUGGUGUGAAGCUCAAAACUUACCAAAGCCGGCAGCAGCACCUCAUCGACAAGCAUAAAUUCCCAACGUCCUUUGAGUUCCUUAAGAAGAAGCACCUGUCGAAGCAGCAACGCCAGCACCAUCAUCGACGGGCAGCAAAGAAGAUUGAAUCAGACACCACAAGUGAUCAUGCAAAAAGCGAGUCUGCAGUGGUGGACAUGGAAAUGGAAGGAAAUGUCGCUGAGCUUGCAAGUGCAGUCUCAAGAUUAAGCACUGCUGAUGCUUCAUCCCCUUCGAAUGUUAGUUUUGGCCGCCGCCAUUCACGUGGUCUUGCCUUUAUUCCACGGUCGAUUCAGCAGCAAAGGAAAUCUGGCAUUUCGGCAAACAGAAAAAGGGUCGAAGACACCACAGCAGUCCGUUUGACACCUUCAUGAUGCAUCACAUUGCUCCCUCAUGAGGGCAAAAUGGGGAAAUGGCUUUCCGUUUUUACAUUUUGUCCUUGUAGAUGG